AUGUACCCCUAGACAUCUGCAGACGAAAGUGAUCGACAUUACAACCGGCUAUUUGUUGUGUUUUUUUUUUUAAUUUUUACACCAUGUCUGGCGAUAGGGACUAUAUUGGUUUUGCAACAUUACCAGAACAAGUACACAGAAAAUCAGUAAAAAGAGGCUUCGAAUUUACAUUAAUGGUUUUAGGUGAAACUGGUCUUGGUAAAUCAACAUUAAUUAAUAGUUUAUUUCUUGGUGAUUUGUAUAAAGAUCGACGAAUACCAGAUGCUUUUGAACGUGUUGAUAAAACAACAACAAUUGAAAAGAAAACAAUGGACAUUGAGGAACAAGGUGUUAGGCUUAGAUUGACAAUUGUCGACACUCCAGGAUUUGGUGAUGCUGUUAAUUGUGAAGAUACGUGGAAGGCAUGUUCAGCUUAUAUUGAUGAACAAUUUCGACAAUAUUUUACGGAUGAAAGUGGAUUAAAUAGAAAAAAUAUACAAGAUAAUCGAGUGCAUUGUUGUCUGUAUUUUAUUCCACCUUACGGUCAUGGAUUGAGACAAAUGGAUUUAGAAGUUCUUAGACGCCUUCACAGAAAGGUUAAUGUUGUUCCAGUUAUUGCAAAGGCUGAUACACUAACAACUCAAGAAGUUAAAAAAUUAAAAGAACGAAUAUUAAAUGAUAUUGAUGAGCAUGAAAUUCAGAUUUAUCAAUUUCCGGAUUGUGAUAGUGAUGAAGAUGAAGAUUUUAAACAACAAGAUAAAGAACUAAAAGCAACAGUACCAUUCGCUGUUGUUGGAAGUUCGACAGUACUUGAAGUUGCUGGUAGAAAAGUACGUGGUCGUCAAUAUCCAUGGGGUGUUGUUGAAGUUGAGAAUCCAAAACACAGUGAUUUUGUUAAAUUGCGAACAAUGCUUAUAUCAACCCAUAUGCAAGAUCUCAAAGAUGUUACACAAGAUGUACAUUAUGAAAAUUUUCGAGCACAGUGUAUUUCACAAAUAUCACAACAAGCCAUUCGAGAAAGGAGCAAACUAAAAAGAGACUCUGGGCCACAUUUUGAAAACAGCAUCUCUGAUACUGAUAGAUUAUUGCUCCAGAAAGAUGAAGAGAUUCGAAGAAUGCAGGAUAUUUUAGCUCAAAUGCAGGAAAAAUUAAAAGCAACAGGACAAACUGGUCUUCGAGGGCGUGUUGGUAGUCUUGGAAACGAUCUUGACUCAGUUGACAUGGAGAAAAAACGCAACAGUAUUAUUGACGUUUAAUUAUAUUCAUUUUAUCGAAAAAAAAAAAAUUGUAAAGUUGUUUUUUAAAUCGAAACAAGUAGAUGAUUUUUAAAGACAUGAUAGAAAAAACAAACAACAAUAAUAUUAUUUUUACAGUAUUAUUUUUUAAACAAUAUUUAAUUAUUAUAAUUCAACUUUUUUUUUUUUUUUUUAUAUCACAUUGAUAAUAAUAAUAUUUAAAAAAAUUGUAUUAAUUAAUUUAUUUAAAACAGAGCAUUAAGCACAAUUUUUUUGUUUUUUUUUUUUUUUAAUAAUUCUAAUGCAUAUAGAAAAAAAAUCCAAUGUGAUGUAAUACCUAGUAUAAUUUUUAAUGUCAAAUAUAAUCAUUACAGUUAAUUAAUAAAUUAUAAUAAUAAAUUUAUAAAUACUAUCGAUGAAAGACACCAAAGAAAUAAAUAAAAAAAAGAAGCAAAAAACUUUUUAAAUGAAAAAUUAAAUUAUUAUCCUAUAACAGGUGUACAAUGUAUAUAUUUUUUUUAAUGCAGAUUAACAAAUUUCUUCAAUUUAUUAGUAAAUAAAUAUUAAAUAUAUUGAAUAAUUUAAAAAUAUCAUAGUUUUUUUUUAAACGACUUACUAAUGUUUUAAAUAAAUAAAAAAAAAGCUCAAAUAUAUUUUUUUUAAUUUUACAUAAUUUAUUAAAAGCUAUAUAUCACUGUUUAAAUAUUUUUUUUUUAUUCAAUUUAUAUACAGUCUCAAUGAAAUUAGAGUGUAAUAAUAUUUUUUAUUGAUAUUAUUAUUUUUGAAAUGUAUAUAUAUUUCUGUAUCGAUUACUAAAAUAUUGUAAAAUAUGAGCUUUUUUUUUUUAUCAUUAAUAGAUAUUUAAUUUUAGUUGCAAUUUUUUAAUUUUUUUUUCAUUUAUUGUUUAUUGUUAUUUAUUUAUUCAAAGGUAUAUACUUUUUUUGUUGACCAGUGUCACGUUGUUGUAAAAAUAGUAAAUUGAAUAAUUUCAUAAAUACCAAUGACACGUAAUAAUGAAAAAAAAAUUAUAAUAAAUGCAAUAGAUGAUCAGCCAAAUAAAUUUGUUACAAAUGAAUUAAAACCACUGCUUAUUGAUGAUAAUAUACCAUUUGAAUUAUCACUUAUUUGUCCAUUAUUUGUUGCACCAUUUGGA